GACUGGAGGCACUCGCGGUCGAGGUCGCGGCGGGGGAUGUGGCCUCGGCUGGGUACCUAGCGGGAGGUCGGGGGGUUCUCUUGGAACCUCAGCUUCUGGGGCACGUCAGGAGAAGAAAGCAUUGACCUUUCCUUCAUCAGGCCAAAGAUGCCUCUCUUUGGGAGUACGUUCAGUCCGAAGAAGACGCCCCCUCGGAAGUCUGCGUCUCUCUCCAACCUGCAUAACGUGAGUGUCAGCACGGGGCUCGACCUGGUGUGCAGCGUGACUGGAGCAUCGAGCCUGGUUUCUUAUGGAAAGUGUGGUCCUCCAGAGUUGGAUCGGUCGACCCGGGAGGUGGAGCUGGGCCUUGACUAUGGAACGCCCACCAUGAACCUGGCCGGGCAGAGCCUGAAGUUUGAAAACGGCCAGUGGAUAGCAGAGACAGGGGUUAGUGGAGGUGUGGACCGGAGGGAGGCCCAGCGCCUCCGGAGGCGGAACCAGCAGCUGGAGGAAGAGAACAAUCUCUUGCGGCUGAAGGUGGACAUCCUGCUGGACAUGCUCUCUGAGACCACUGCUGAAUCCCACUUAAUGGAGAAGGAGCUGGAUGAACUGAAGAGUGUCAGCCGGCGGAGAAAAUGAAGACCCCAAAGCCACCCGUUAGGCGCACACGGGGAAACCCUUCGUCAGAAGAGGAGGGUGUGGCUGAGGGAAUUUUUAACCAAACUAGUGGAUUAGGUCCUGGGAGAGAGUAUCAUAUAAUGGGGCCAAAAGGCACUGGCCCCCUUAGGUUGGCAGUAGGAAGGUGACAACGUAGUGGAUUCCAGGCCAGUCCUGUGCUUCACAGCACAGGGAGGCCUCCUCAGGGAGGUCUGGGGUGACGGAGACCUUUGGUGUCCUCCAGUUACUUAACACACAAACGCCCGUGGCCCAGGCUCGCGCUUAUUGGACGGAGUUCAUCGUAUCAUCCCCUCACACUGUUGUGUGUGGUGUGGCAUCAGGUGUACAGAGCCUUGUUGUUAGGGGUCUCAGAUAAGAAGGUCUCCUGGCUCUCUGCCCUUCAGGCCACUCUCUCCCUCCUUUAAAGAAUACUUGUUCCCCAAAUCCACAGCCUCCUCUGGCUUCAGCUUCUCAGCAGCAAGCACCGACCUCCCACGGCAACACUAUAUUUUUGUGCUACUUUCCUGUCUACCCUACUUUUUUAAAUUAAAUGAUGUUCUAUAAUCUCUCUCUGGCCAAAGUG